AGUCAAAGAAGAAAACCAAACCUAAAUCGCGAAUCACACAGAUGAGAUCAUGUAAUAAAAAGAUCUGUUGUAGGGAUAUGAAUGGGACUGAAGAUUCAUCUAAAUCAAGAAAACAGACACCGAACAAGUCGGAAUCUAAAAGAUCAUAUCAAAAGGAUCACAACCAUUAUGGAACAUUGUCAAGAAAUCACCUCAAUUGCUUCGGCUCAAAUGAAAUUCUUUCCCUCAAAAGAAGUUACACGAAUUCAAGUUCAACCUUUAGCAAUCAUACGGAACAAGGUAGUGUGUUGUUAGAA